CAGCUGUAGCCAAUAGUGAUUCAUAACUUCAUAAACACAUGCGCAUGCAAGCGGAUGCUCGUAAUUUUUCAACGAAUGGGCGGGAAAUGUAAUUGUUGUGCUUGAGUUUUUUAUGCUGUUGUGUCGUAAGUAAUUAAAAUUUUUUCUUCCUGCUGAAAAUGAGACGAAGUUCUAGUAAAGCUGAUUCAAGUCAUCGAAGCAGUAGCCAAAGUGCGAUUCCCAAGUUCAGAAACCGCUCUUCUUCUGUUGACUUAGGAAAUCGUGUUUCAUAUGGCAGCCGUCUUAAAAUUCGAAGUUCAUCAGAAGAGAGGAGAUCUGGGAAUGGCCUUUAUGCCAGGUGGAGUGGAGCACGUAAAAGUUCAAUAAACUUGAAUGAAGGCAAACGUAUUCUCAAAGAUCCAAGACCUCUUUCUGAUAAAAAUUAUCAGAAACAAAAAGUAAAAGAACUUAUGGAGUUUUUAGAGCAGGUAGGUUACAGUCACUCUUUGACUAUUUCAAGCAUGAUGCCUCCUACUAAGAAAGAGUUCGAAAAUAUUUUCCAGUUUCUAUAUGGCUUUUGGUGUUCAAGCUAUAAAGUGCAAAAAAUAGAAGAAGAAGCCCCGAAAAUUUUGAAAAAUCUCAGUUAUCCAUUUGUCCUAAAUAAAUCCUCAUUUGCAUAUGUUGCUCGUAACAACUGGCCAUCACUUCUGGGUGUUCUUCUUUGGCUAAUGGACUUAAAUAAGUUUGUCAUGAAUAUUGAUCCUAACAUACUCUUCGCUAGUGGGGACAGUGAAAGACCACAGGAACAUGCAGUGCUGCUAAACUUUAUUUGUCAAAGUCAUUACAAUGGCACUGAUAAUGAAGAUGAAGAAAAAGACUUGUUUUUAAAAAUUAUAAAAGCUCGUAUGCCUGAGGAUGCAACCAAAGUAGAAGAAGAGAACCUGAAGAAGAAAAUUCAAAUAGAAGAACUUCAAAAAAAUUGGAAUGCAAUACAAAAUUUAAAGAAAGACAUUGACUUGCUGGAUCAAGAGAUUAAAAAAUAUGAAAUUUACAAUGCUGAGAUGUUAAAUCAUAAGCCGAGAAAAGUUGAAGCAUGUGAGCGGCUAAAUGAGGAAUUAAAAACACAGCAAUCAGAACUGGAAACUCUGAAGGCUGAAGUCAAUGAAAAAGAAAAGGUCUAUGAAGUGCAAGGAUAUGAUGGGAGAAUGCAGUUGAACUAUUUCGAAUCACAGAAAAAGGAAUUAGUAGAAAAGCUACAAAAUAAAAAUAAAAUUUUAAAAGAACUUCAAAAUAAAUGUUGGGAAUUAGAGAUGCAGCACACACAAGGAUUUGACAAGACCUCAGAACUUUGUGAAAAAUUUAAUAACUUAUAUGAUCAAAAUCUGCAAAUGGUAAAAACGGCUCUGGCUCCAUUAAAGAAUGUAAAACAUCCACAAGCAAAAGCAUUAUAUGAGACUGCUGGUUUUCAGUUACCUAACUGUAAAAUGCUGCCUGGUCAGUAUCACUCUUCGCAAAAACUUCAGAUGAAGACUUUGCUUGAAGCUAAAGAAAAGCUUGCCAAUUUUAAUAUGAUAUGCAAAACGUUAUCAUCAAACAUAAGUCAACGACUUAAUGAAAUCUUGAUGAUAAAAUCUGGUUUGUCAGCAAGUUUGAAAGUAGCAUCUACAGAAGAAAACCAAACAGUGCGGGAAUAUAGUAAUGAACAAAAACAAGCUUUAGAAGAAAUUGCAGUCCUUCAAGCUCAAUUGGAUGAGCUUGUUAAAAUGUCUGAGCAACUUCAGUUGGAGAAGAUGGAGACAGAAAAGUUAUGUCGAGAUUCUGAAAAAGAAUUCAUAGAUCUGAAAGCCUUGAAAGCAAAAAAGAAAAAAGAACUUGAAAAUUAUUUGCAAACACAAAGCAGACUGAUUUCAAAAUACAGAAAAGAUGAGAAAAAUAUCUUGAAACUAAAAGAGGACAGUGGCAAAGAGAUAGCAGAAAGAGUAGAGGCCUUUGUGAAAAAUAUUGGAAAAUAAUUGUAUAUUCUGUAUAUUGUUCAUUAUUUUGAAUUAUUAAAAUAUUUAUUCUACAUGC